UCAUCUCGGCAUGAGGCUCACAUACAGAAUGGACCGCACUGCCAGUCCUCCGCGGUCUCCUGUCUCCCCAUGGCCUGCGGGAGUGUGGGUGCGGGCUGGAGGGAGGGGUAGGCUGGACCCCGACUAAUCAGAGGACCGACAUCCUUCAGGAAGUCUGCUAUUUUCCUCCUCUUUGCGCUUUGCUCCCGGGGUUUUUAGUUCUUACCGUUAUAAACUUUUUUUAAAUCACAUUUUUCUGGCUUGGCAACAAAGCAUUCUGACUUCAUCCAAAUGCCCACUUAGCAAGAUCUUAUUUCAAAAUUAGUUUCCCCUUCCUCCUCUUCUCACUCCUUCCUCAUCAAUUUACCAUUUACCAGUUCAUCCGUAUGGAAUACAGCACUCCCACUUCCUUGAGCGCUGUAGUUCGGGGCCUAAUUGAUUCUGGUAAUUAGUUUGUUCUACCUGCUAGAUCAGAUGGAAAUCCGACCAGAGCGCCCAAGGAUUAGCACUUGGCUUUCUAGCACCUCCUCUAAUUAUCUAAUAGCAUGGGUUGUGAGGACUCAGUCUCUAUUAAAACACUUUUACUAUUAGCAGUAGUGAUUGGAAUUGUGAUGAUGACUAGAUUUCAACAAAUUAGAGCUUAAAAAUGGGGAGAUGGAAGAGAAGUGGCUUCUUUUAAUUUCCCUGAGUUUAACAUCAAUAAUUAGAGCAAUUUUCGGAGAUGUGAGCCGAAAUUACCCUGCUGUGCUGUAGAUGAUCACCUUAAUUUUAACAAAUUUACUCCAGGGAAAUAAAUGUGACGGAUUAGAAGACAAACAUACACAACCCCCUCCCCCCCCAAAAAAAAAAAGAUUAGGAGGUAAAGAAAUUAAAUGAAAAACUGAGAAAGGGAAUGGGAAACAAAAGCCUACUAGAAUUAUUUUGGGGACUAACACUGAAAAGGGUAAGUUUAGUAAACUGAGUGAAACAAGGAGGAAGAGAUGGGAACUUGAGAAGAACUGAAGGUCAGCCUUAAGAGGAAGUCAAGUCAUCUGACUCAUGUUGGUUUAACUUUGCUCACACCACUUUCUGUAACUGAUGUGUAAAGUCAGUUACAAUGACCACCACAGAUUUAUUUAUUGCUGUAAUCUGAGUAUUCCUUAGUUAUCAAUGAAAUUUAGGCCUAAAAAUAUAGACUUUAUACUCUUAGCACCUUCCCUUUACUAUAGUUUACUACAAGUUUUAAAACUUCAAGCCCAAAUUCCUGGUUAAGUUUCUUAUCCUUGUGCUUCGAGGCUUUUUGCUGUCUUUAAGAGAGGAAUACUUGGGCGGCAGAACCCUUCCCCUUUCUCUUUUUUUCUCCUUUUCUUUCUUCUUCUUUUUUUCAUGAAAAGGAAAGAAUAACGUCUGGGAGCAGGACAGUUCUUUCUGGGCGGGCGGAAACUGAGAAAGGAAUCUGGAAGGAGCAAGGAGCAAGUUCGCUACACUCGGCUCUGAAGCCCCCGGCCUGGCCGGCCUCUGUCAGCACCACGGACAGCUUCCCGCCCCGCCCCGAGCCCCCGCACCCUCCCCUCCGCGCUGGCAGCCCUGCCAUUGGCUCUCCGGGCUCCCCUCUUCAAGCUGCCAAUUCUCUGCGUAGACCCAACCUACCCCGGAGCUCGCGUUGUCGCCUCUCCAGCGCCCGGGAUAGCCCUGGCCGAGGAGAGAGCAGCGGGGAUUCGAGCCUCCCAGUGUGGCUGUCGGCUCCAGCCCGGCUGCUGGACUCGCUGCCUGGCCCCCCGCACUUCUUUCUCCACGGCAGGCGCUCCCCUCGAGAUGAAUCUCAACUUCACCUCCCCACUGCACCCGGCGUCUUCUCAGAGGCCCACGUCCUUCUUCAUUGAGGACAUCCUGCUGCACAAGCCGAAGCCGCUAAGGGAGGUGGCCCCCGACCACUUCGCCAGCUCCCUGGCCUCCCGGGUGCCUCUGCUAGACUAUGGCUACCCCCUCAUGCCCACACCCACACUCCUGGCUCCUCACCCCCAUCAUCCGCUGCACAAGGGAGACCACCACCACCCUUAUUUCCUCACCACCUCAGGGGUGCCGGUGCCCGCGCUGUUCCCGCACCCCCAGCACGCUGAGCUGCCCGGGAAGCACUGCCGCCGCCGCAAAGCUCGCACGGUUUUCUCUGACUCGCAGCUCUCGGGUCUGGAGAAGAGGUUCGAGAUCCAGCGCUACCUGUCCACGCCAGAGCGGGUGGAACUGGCCACAGCCCUCAGCCUGUCUGAGACGCAGGUAAAGACGUGGUUCCAAAACCGGCGGAUGAAGCACAAAAAGCAACUGCGGAAAAGUCAGGACGAGCCCAAGGGCCCGGACGGCCCCGAGAGCCCCGAGGGCAGCCCCCGUGGUUCCGAGCCCGCCGCCGCCGAGGCCCGGCUCGGCCUGUCCGUCGGCGCCUUCGCGCUGCCCGAGCCGGAGGACGAGGUGGACAUCGGGGACGAGGCGGAACUGGGCCCCGGGCCGCGCGCGCUCUGAGCCCCGGGAGGGGUGAGGGAGGCGGGGCGUCGCACCUGGACGCCGCCGGGUGGGGGCGGUGCCGCCUCCUGGUGCUCCACGCCGGGCCCUCCCCUCCCGCCGCACUCGCGGGCCGCGCCCCAGUCUCCGCCGGCUCCUCUCCGACGGCUGCCCUUCUCGGGCUGCCCGGCCGGCUCAGGUAAGGGGCGUCCGGGCCUCCCCCGCUGCCCCUCGCCCCCAGAGGCGGCGGCCUGCACCCCCGCUCCCCGAGCGCGCCGAGCACCCCACGUCCCACCCGGGCGGCGCUGCAGCGGGGCGCCCGCCCCCCAGCUCCUCGGCCCCCAGGCUGCGGGCCACCCCCCUCGGCUUCUCGGCCCCCCAGCUCCCGGGUCCCCAGGCUGCGGGGCUCCCGGUUUCGUGUCCCCGGCCCCGAGGCUGCGGGGGCGCCGCGUGCAGCGUGCGGGCUGGGCCGCGCCGACCGCAGGCGGCCCCGGCUCCGGCCUCGGGAUGAUAAAGGGCUCUCGGCAGCGCUGGGGCCGACUCGGGUGUCCCGGAAUCGUCUGUGACCGCGGCCCCGGCUGCCCCCUUGCUCCGGCCUCCUGUGCGCACCCCGCAGACCCCGACCCCCACACCUGGUCUUUAAGCGCUGAAAGCCUCGGGCCUGCGCGCCUGGAAAGGCCGCCGCAGACAGUCUCACUUCUUUUGGACCCUGACAUGCUCAAGGGACAGCCCCUUUGUGGGGUUCGGUGUUGGGAGCGACGCUAACGAAUUGGGGGGACCCUGUUCUCGGCGCACUGAGCCCGCGGCGGCCUCCAUCCUCCUCCCCCUGUGGCCCGGGAGCCCGCACCCUCAGUGCUGCUGCGGGGACUCGACAGGCCGCAGCCGCCCGGCUACAAGUCAUCGUUCGGGCUUGUAUUUCUCUAAUAAAAAGAUGAAUCUUGGAGAUCCU